GACUUGUAAGAGACCGUGAUCGAGCUCGGUAGACAGCGCAGCUGCAGGAAUUCCCUGCGGCUCCCAGAGGCAGAGUGUCUGGAGAGCAGCGUCCUAGCCCGCAGCCAGCAGCCAGCAUCAUGCCAGCUUUGUCGACGGGAUCCGGCAGUGACAUAGGUCUGUACGAGCUGUUGGCUGCGCUGCCAGCCCAGCUGCAGCCACAUGUGGACAGCCAGGAAGACCUGACCUUCCUCUGGGAUGUGUUUGGUGAAAAAAGCCUGCAUUCACUGGUAAAGAUUCAUGAAAAGCUGCACUACUACGAGAAGCAGAGCCCCGUGCCCAUCCUCCAUGGCGCGGCAGCCUUGGCCGAUGAACUGGCUGAAGAGCUUCAGAGCAAGCCCUUAAGCAGUGAGAUCAGAGAGCUGUUGAAACUACUGUCAAAACCCAACGUGAAGGCUUUGCUCUCUGUACAUGAUACAGUGGCUCAGAAGAAUUACGAUCCUGUCCUGCCCCCGAUGCCCGAAGAGAUUGACGAGGAGGAAGACUCAGUGAAAAUCAUCCGACUGGUUAAAAACAGAGAACCACUGGGAGCUACUAUCAAGAAGGACGAGCACACUGGGGCAAUCGUGGUGGCGAGAAUCAUGAGAGGAGGAGCUGCUGAUAGAAGUGGUCUUAUUCACGUUGGUGAUGAACUUAGAGAAGUGAAUGGGAUACCAGUUGAGGAUAAAAGGCCUGAGGAAAUAAUACAGAUUUUGGCUCAGUCUCAGGGAGCAAUUACAUUUAAGAUUAUUCCCAGCAUCAAAGAGGAGACACCUUCUAAAGAAGGAAAGAUGUUUAUCAAAGCCCUUUUUGACUAUGAUCCUAAUGAGGAUAAGGCCAUUCCAUGUAAGGAAGCCGGGCUUUCUUUCAAAAAGGGAGAUAUUCUUCAGAUUAUGAGCCAAGAUGAUGCAACGUGGUGGCAAGCGAAGCUCGAAGGAGAUGCCAACCCCAGAGCAGGCUUGAUUCCCUCGAAGCAUUUCCAGGAAAGGAGACUGGCUCUCAGACGACCAGAAAUAGUAGUUCAGCCCCUGAAAGUGUCCAACAGGAAAUCAUCUGGUUUUAGAAGAAGUUUCCGUCUUAGUAGGAAAGAUAAGAAAACAAAUAAAUCUAUGUACGAAUGCAAGAAGAGCGAUCAGUACGAUACAGCGGACGUGCCCACCUACGAAGAAGUGACCCCGUAUCGGCGACAGACGAACGAGAAGUACAGACUUGUGGUCUUAGUCGGUCCUGUAGGAGUAGGGCUGAAUGAACUGAAACGGAAGCUGCUGAUCAGUGACACCCAGCACUACGGCGUGACCGUGCCCCAUACUACCAGAGCAAGAAGAAGCCAGGAAAGUGAUGGCGUUGAGUAUAUUUUCAUUUCCAAGCAUUUGUUUGAGACAGAUGUACAGAACAACAAGUUUAUUGAAUACGGGGAAUACAAGAACAACUAUUAUGGCACGAGUAUAGACUCCGUCCGGUCUGUCCUAGCCAAAAACAAAGUUUGUUUGUUGGAUGUUCAGCCUCAUACAGUGAAGCAUUUAAGGACACUAGAAUUUAAGCCCUUUGUGAUAUUUAUAAAGCCUCCCUCAAUAGAACGUUUGAGAGAGACAAGAAAAAAUGCGAAGAUCAUUUCAAGCAGAGAUGACCAAGGUGCUGCGAAACCCUUCACGGAAGAAGACUUUCAAGAAAUGAUUAAAUCUGCACAGAUGAUGGAGAAUCAGUACGGUCAUCUUUUCGACAAAAUUAUAAUAAACGACGAUCUCACUGUAGCAUUCAAUGAGCUGAAAACAACUUUCGACAAGUUAGAGACCGAUACCCAUUGGGUACCAGUGAGUUGGUUGCAUUCAUAACUAAGAGGAAGUUACGUAGUUAUCUUUUUGUAUAGAGUGCAUGGCUCAGUCAGUUACCAUUUGGGUGGGAGGGUUUUCAAAUCUGUAUCAGUAUCCUGGAGUCCAAUCUUGGUUGACAUCAAAUGCCGGUUUUGUUUGUAUCUUUUUACAGCCUUAUUUGAAACACAGUGCAGAACACCCGCAAUCAAAAUUUACACAGUCCUGUCUUCUGAGCAAAAUGCUGAACCUUCUGGGUGUCUUUAAUGUAGUUCUAGCUCCAAGAUGAGAUUGAGUUUUUUUGGUUGGUUGGUUUUUGAGAGUUUUUUGCCUUAGGGCACAUGCACUCACCCAAAGAAAGAGUUGAAGACUGUGGGAGGGAAA